AUGUUGCUAGAAGGCGCGGAAGUCGAUGGUAAGAAGGCAAAAAAUGGAACUGAAGUCAAAUUAGACGUAGCCGAGACGGAUAUCGUCCUCAAAACCAAUGAUAACAAUAGAAACUUGAUCAAAAAUGACGAAAAGGAAGAAAAAGAAUACGAUCCAUGGCAAGCACCUGAAUUAGUUGACAACUCUCCAGCAUGGGCAGAACUCAACGGCAAGGAGAAACUGCAAAGAGUUGGAUACCUCUUGUUACGAUUUGUUGUGAUCCUUGGCAGUCUCUACCUGUUCAUUUGCUCGCUUAGCUUGCUGUCUGAUGCUUUCAGACUGCUAGGUGGUAAAGCAGCUGGGGAAGCGUUAGAUGAAGAAGGAAUUGUUGCCAAUCCCAUUGCUGGUCUCAUGCUUGGUGUACUCGUAACCGUCUUGGUGCAAAGUUCUUCAACAUCUACCUCUAUUAUUGUUACCAUGGUCGGCGCUGACAUUUUGACUGUGCAACAUGCUGUCCCUAUUAUCAUGGGUGCCAACAUCGGUACAUCUGUUACCAAUACAAUAGUAUCGUUUGCUCAAUCACCAAACCGUGAUGAAUUUCGCCGUGCUUUUGGCGGUGCCACCGUCCAUGACAUGUUUAAUUGGUUAAGUGUCAUUGUGCUAUUGCCUAUUGAAAUAAUUACCCAUUACCUAUAUUGGUUAUCACAUGCUUUGACAGGAAAUAUUAAAGGAGACAGUUCCGCUAACCAGGACUUACUAAAAGCUCUUACUAGCCCCUUUACUAAUCUCAUCAUUCAACUCGAUAAAAAAGUAAUUACAAACAUUGCACUAGGAAAGGAAGAAUAUCUUAAUAAAAGCUUAAUAAAGGCGAGCUGUGGUUCUACUAUAAACAUUGUUCCAACAAAUAUGUCUGUGAUACAAAACGUAACUGACCCUAGUACCGGAGCAAUCACCUUGGAUACGACUUAUGAAAUAGUCAAUAUUAGCAACAUUGACAAAAAACCAUGUCAUUUUCUUUUUGCCAAUACUGGAAUGAGUGAUCCUGUUGUUGGAAUUAUUUUGUUGUUUAUGUCGAUUGUUGUAUUAUGUGGUUGCCUCAUUAUGCUUGUAAAAUGUUUACAAGCCUUAUUGAAAGGACAUGUAGCCAAAAUUAUCAAGAGGACCAUUAAUUCUGAUUUCCCCGGUAGAUGGAGUGUUUUGACUGGCUAUGUGUUCAUGUUAGUAGGUGCAGGUGUCACUAUCAUUGUUCAAUCGUCGUCAGUAUUCACGUCGACGUUAACUCCUCUGGUAGGUAUUGGAGUUAUAGAAUUGGAAAGAAUGUAUCCAUUGACAUUGGGAUCAAAUAUCGGUACAACGACAACUGGUAUCCUUGCAGCUUUGGCUAGUAAAGUCGGCCUUCAUAAUGCCAUGCAAAUUGCUAUUUGCCAUCUCUUUUUUAACAUCUCUGGAAUUCUGGUAUGGUAUCCGAUACCUUUCAUGAGAAAGAUUCCGGUAAAGAUGGCAAGGUUUAUGGGUAAUACUACCGCCAAAUAUCGUUGGUUUGCCGUAGCUUACCUAAUUUUCGCCUUCUUUAUCAUCCCUGGUACUAUUCUUGGAUUAUCUUUAGCUGGCUGGUAUGUGCUGUUGGCUGUCGGUGGCCCAGUGGUGCUCCUAUUAAUAGCAAUAUUAAUCAUAAAUGUUCUACAACAGCGAAGGCCAAAAGUCCUUCCAAAAAAACUACGCACAUGGGAAUGGGCACCGAUUUGGCUAAAAUCGCUGGAGCCUUACGAUAAAUUGCUUGGUCGUCUUUGCUUCUGCUGUAAAUAUCGAUCUGGCAAGCCUGAGCCUGAAACAAACUGUUAA